AUGAGCACGGAGGAACUGGACCCCAAUCGGGACUUGGAGACGUGCACACUCCUGAGCAAUCCCUCGUCCUCCGGAUCCGCCUUCUCCAACGCCGAUCCGGCGAACGUUGAACCCGGCAGGACACGCGCUAAGCAGCGGAUCAGCUUGAACGGAAAACGGAGACGCAGCCGGAUGUCACGCAGGGCCAAUCUGAUCGGCAUCUGCGCCGUGAGCAGCCUGUGCAUCCUGCUGCUGAUCGCCACCACCCAGCACCGUCCGCUGACAACCCCCUUCAACCAGGGAGCUGGCAGGGAUCAGGCAGCUGGCGGCGGAGCGGGCCAGAGCGGCGGCGGCUAUGGCAUGGACGGAGGUCCGUCCAACUCACUGGCGCGCAGCGCCUUCUACGACCGCUUCCAGCAGCAGAUGCAGCAGCAGCAGCAACAGCCGUCGCAGACGGCCGUCUACAAUCUGACAGCUACUAUAGUGGAUGUCCUGUCGGCUCAACGGUCUCGUAUCCUCACCGAGAUGGAGAAUUUUGAAUAUCCGCGCGGCGGUGCCGAGCGUCUGGCGGACAUGACGCCGGAAACGAACGGCACUCCGGUGCGCAGUGUGGUGGUCACAUCAUGGCGCUCCGGCUCCACCUUCCUCGGGGACAUACUCAACUCGAUCCCCGGCAACUUCUAUCACUACGAGCCUCUGCUCGACUUUGGGAUCAAGCAAAUCCGGGAUCCCGACGACCAGGAACUGGCCGUCCAGAAUCUGAAGAACCUGCUCAACUGCGACUACGCCGACAUGAUGGACUACCUGAACUUUGGCAAGACGCACACAUAUCUCUUCGAACACAAUACCCGGCUGUGGGACGUCUGCCGGGAGUUUCCGCGCUUCUGCUGGCGACCCGCCUUCCUGACGCGCUUCUGCCGCCUCUUCCCCAUCCAAAGCAUGAAGACGGUCCGCCUGCGCCUGGCCCAGGCCGAGAAGCUCCUCGAGGAUCAAAGCGUGCGGAUUGUGCUUCUGGUGCGGGAUCCACGUGGCACAAUGCAGUCGAGACGGCAUCGGGUCUGGUGUGCCGGCAAUGAGGACUGCGAGGAUCCGCGACUGGUGUGCCAGGAUCUGGAGGAUGACUACAAAACAGCCAAGGAGAUGCUGGACAAGUAUCCAACACGUUUUAGGACCCUUCGCUAUGAGGACUUGUCGCUCAAUCCCAGUGAGAUGACCCAGGACAUAUUACUGUUCUAUGGCUUGCCAUUUGACCCAGCUGUCGAGGAGUUUCUGGAUACACACACCAAGGAAAACAUUGGCGGCGUCAGUUCCACAUAUCGGGAUUCCAGAUCAGCGCCAUUCCAUUGGAUUCGGGAUCUAAAACCAGACGAGAUUAAGCAAAUCCAAGACGUCUGCGUGGAUGCCAUGGAUCUGUGGGGCUAUCGACGUAUUGAGGACUUUAGCAACUUCUCCAGUAUCCAGCAGAGCUUCGAUCCCAUGGUGAUGCCGCCCCCGUUCACGUGAACGCGGUCCUAGUGUUAAGCUGAUCUAUCUGAUAAUGAUAACUAAUUCUUCUACUUGGUACAUUUUGUUGUGAUAUCGUCGUGUUGAGCGAGCAAAAAGAAAAAAGGUUAAGAAAAUUGGAAAAGAGCCGAAAGGAAAGUGGCCAGAACGGAGAGUGGCAGUAGGUCUAUUGGGUGCAUUUUGUGGGAACUCGAUUGCUGGCACAUUUUAUUGCUGAACACGCAAACACACUUAACUGAGCAAUAGUUAUUAAUAAAUAUAUAUAUAUAUAUAAAUAAAUAAAUAUAAAUAUUAACUGAAUAUACAAUAUGAAAUGCAUAAUUUUAGUAAUUGGCGAAUUUUGUGUAGAGCGUAAAACGGUACGAAAACCAGUCGAAUAUCAGAAUUACAUUUAGGCAUAGAUUUUAAGCAAAACCAAUAAAACUGAAAACUUAGUCUAUAUAGGGCUGCGUAUUGUGGAUCGUUUACUUGGCUUUUUGAUGUAAAUUGUUUAGGCAAACAAGCAAUUUUUUGUAAUCCAGCUUAAAAAGUGCAUAUAUAGAUGGAAAACCCAGUGAUUUAGCGUCUUUACUGAAACAUAACUCACAACCCAAAACGUAUCAGUCAGAA